GAUUAAAAAAAAAAUCACCUGUUGGAAACGAAGCCGUAAAUUAUAGAUACAUGUGUACAACGAAAUGUUGGAUGGAUUCAAAUGAACUGGUCAGUCGUCGUAAUAUCGAUUCGCCGAGCGUGCGUGAAUACUACCUGCUGGACGUUCUUUCGUAUCGAUUGCGCUUAGAACGGCUCACGCGUACUUUUAGUGACCUACCACAGAAACGCUUAACUUGGCGUUGAUAACGCAAGUGUAUUAUCGGAGCUUUGUGCACCUCGAAAUUACGCAUUGAUUGGAUUUCUAAUAUUUCUGUUACCGCGAAAUACUUUGAGCCAAACAAAAAGGGGUAUUAUUUUUUUUUUUAUCUACGAGCACUCGUAGCUCCGGUUCGUCAAUAACGCGAGUGUAUAUAACCGAAACUUCGUACACCUUAGGAUUGCUCCAUUGGCGGAGCUUUCACAAAUGAAUAUGAUAUUUUUGAGUGGUGAAAAUAAAUUAAAAUAGGAAGAAAAUAAUGAAAAUCGCACGAUUGCAUUUCUCAAGCAAUUUAGUGAGCAAUUGAGAAAAAUAUUGAUGAAAUUCAACGAUAUUGAAUAUCGAUUGGGAUAUGGAUUCGAGAAAUCACGAAUAAAAUGGCACGUCUCGCGUACGAGUGCAGUUUAGAUCUAAGAUCAAGCAAUUCCAGCGACGAUUCCGGUACCAUAAAACCCUUCGCUUGUAAUACCGACAAAUAUUGUCUCUAUUGCUGUUGCAAUCCGCAAUGCUGCCUUCUCGUCCAACGAAAACCACCUCGACACUUCUGGGAAGCUUGGUACUUUUGGUUAGGCAUCGCUCUUCUAGUUUUGUUCCUCGUAUCAUCCAUAAGCAGCUAUGUCGUGAGCAACUGUCGACAUAGCUUCCAGGCUAUUGCCUUCGGACAAAACGUGCAAACUAGCGACAGACGAAACGGACGAACAGAGAAUGUGAAUGAGAUAUCUAUCAAUGUUAUACCAACGUCCGGGAUGUUGCCGUCGCAUAGAAAAAUGCUUCUUUGCGCCCCGCAACCAAGCAUCACGCAUAUGACUCCUGUCGUGGCGUGAUUACGGGGACAUUGCGACGAGAGUUGCCGUCUAUACUAUAUAUAUAUUCUUGCCUGGAUUUUCACGCUCUUAUGGAGAGAUCGUUCUAGAGAGGGGAUAGGCUCAUCAUAAUAUAUAUACACCGAGACCCGUAUUUAACGUCGAUCGAAGUCUUCUACUUUGAUCGUCGUGUAAUAAUAAGAAGAAGCGUUAAUGCAGAAGCGAGCAUUAUUGAAAAUCGAUGCUGCUAUAAAGAGGCAUAUCUCUUUCUCUGGCUCUCUAUACCACGCGCGUGUAUACAUAUAUACACAUACGUGAUAUUCGAGCUUACAUAAAAUCGAUGUAAGAAUUUCCAUAUUCGAAUCGUUGAGAAAAAUGGUCUCCGCAUCGAAUCGUAAAACGAAACUGAACCGAACAAAUCAAAGCGCGAUAUAUCAAAUCGUUAUUCAGAUAUAUUUAUUUUUUUACUAACACAGAGUUAGAAAAUGGGAGUAAAUGAGCUUGGAUUCGAUCCGAGCGUAUUCAUCAUCGUGGAAAGUUAUAUUGAAAAGCAGUUAGUAAAUAAAUAUAAUUUUGGUUAUUGGUAGUUAUUCAAAUGGCACAUGUCAGCAAGCUCAACGACCAAGCAAAUAUCGCAUGUCGUUUUCCCGUCAUUGUACAUGCAUAUAUUUUUCUCGAAUCAAUAAUAAACGCGUGAACGCGUGCAAUUUAACGCGAUACUGGUCCGACGUCCCAGACUGGUCUUUCAUUAUUCUGCGAGCGAGCCCGAAGCAUCUUGGCCCACAUAGCUCGACCCCGGGGGGGGGAUUUUAAUUCUUCCCGCUCGUGUCUUCUCGUUUCAUCUCUCUCUCUCUCUCUCUCUCUCACCAAACAAACCGAUCGCUCCGUGACCAAAUAUUGUCUCAGGUUGCCCCUGAAAGUACUAUUGCACGCAAAUUGCGAGUGUGCGUGCUCGUGCAUAUGAGUGCGAUUACGUUUAAGGACGAGAUCGUGACAGAUUUUAUUCGGACCAGUAUUUAAUUUUUAUUCAAACAAUUCAUUCUACUUAUUAUGAUCGUCGUAUUUUUUGAAAUGCGAUUAAUGAAAAGGUCAAAUCGUAGACAUCCAACUCGACUCAAGUGCCUUCAAGUGGAUAUAAAUAUAUGACAUCGAAACUAUACUACAGAUUUUUGAGCACGUGUAAAUGAAAAUAUAAAAAUAAACGACAACAAGAAAUAUG